AUGCAAACAAAUGCGCGAAAGCGGUACAUAGAUGCUACCAUUGCAGCAGCCCUCAGCAAUAAUAUGUCACAAACUUCAAAGAACCCUCUUGAUGAAUUGCCUCGUCUUAAACUCGAAUUUUACCCUUAUGGCAUGUACAUUGUACAACUUGGGCUUGGCACUUUCGAUGCGAAGUUCCCGGCCAGCACAUUCAAAACAUACUACUUGUACACAGACACCGGGAGCCAACUCAUUUGGACUCUGUGUGAGGACUGCCUAAAGCAAAAGCCUCAACCGAAAUGCUUUAAAACCAGGGAUCCCCCCUUCCCUAACAGCCAGUCCAAAACCUAUAUGCCUCUUCCUUGUGGUGGCCACCGCCUUUGCAAGCCAGGCAAAUGCAAAGGGGGUAUCUGCUCCAUGGACUCUAAGUACCAGGACGGCAGCGGUGUCCGUACUACUCUCGGAAGUGAAGCUUUCAGUCUUUUGACAACCAGCGGGCGUGCACAGGCUAUUGGUAACAUAGUGUUGGGUUGUGCUUAUGAAGCGACGGCGGACAUCUUUGGCGCGGGUGAGGACUAUAAGGUAUCCGGAAUGUUGGGUUUGGGAUAUAAUCCUAUUUCCUUUCCAAACCAAAUAUCCCAUCUUAUUGAUGGAGCAUUCUCAUUCUGCCUAACACGCCGGAGAGAUGUUCAAACAUAUCUCCGAUUUGGUUCCGACAUCCCCCAACCACUUGGUGGCGUACGCGUCACGCCAUUAGUUCUUUCUGAUCUCGUACCCUAUUACCAUGUCAACUUGAAGGCAAUAAGUGUGGAUGGACACAAGCUUCUAAUUAAUCCGACGGUUUUUGAGAUCCGGAAGCGGGGGACAGAAGGAGGAUGUAUUAUAGACAAUGGAAGUUCUUUUACUCUUCUCAUCAACCCUGCUCACAAGGCAUUGGUUAUGCAUCUGGAGUACCAUUUUAUGAGAUACCCUAGCUUUAAUAAGGUUCUUCCCCCUAUUUACCCGAAGUUUGAGCUUUGCGACAACUGGUCGCCGCCUCCGCGCGAGGCUAACGAGGCCCUCCCUACUAUUACCUUUCACUUUGAUGGUCCGAACCAUCCUAACAUUGACGUCGCACCCGAAAGCGGUUUCAUAUUGAUGCACGACCGGUCGUCUAACAGAGAUAUUUUAUGCCUGGCGUUCGCUUCAGAUGAUGUUCGUACUAUUUUUGGAUCAUGGCAACUAAGCGAUUACAGAUACAUAUUUGACCUUAAAAGGAGCCUACUCAAGUUUGCUCCAGAGGAUUGUGCUAAGAAUUCUUGA